AUGACGUUUGGUUGGGACCUUUUCAUUGCUUUCCUGAUUAACUUCUUUAUGAUUCUCUCAAGGAUCUCAAUUCCUUUCCUCAUCAUUUUCAUUGUGAAGUAUAUGUCUGCUCCCUCAGGUGAAGAUGGAGGACUUGCUUAUGGAGUGUAUUUACUAUCAGGAUAUGUUAUAAUCACAGGAUCCACAUUUAUUCUGAACCAACAAGCCCAAUUCAUUCAAACUCUGGUAGGAGAAAAGGCUUUUGGAAGCCUCACAUGAUUGAUAUACGAAAAGAUUCUCAAAAUUACACCUUCUUCAAAUAAAGAAUUUAAACAAGGAGAGAUCAUUAAUUUUGUGCAAGUAGAUAUGGGUGAGGUGAUUAACCUCUCCUCUACAUUUCCACCAGUCGCGAUGCUCCCGAUCCAGCUAGUAUUCGGCCUUGUAUUCAUAUUCUACUAUUUUGGGUGGAACUUUCUUCCUUCCCUCUGCAUCGCAAUCUUCAUUUUCAUGCUUAACUUCCAAGUUGCUUUUUGGAUUGCAAAGCUUCAAAGUCAAACUUUGGAAAAGACUGAUCAACGAAUGAAUGUCACUACAGAGGCUGUCAACAACAUCAAAGUGAUUAAGCUCAACUCUUGGGAGAAAUACUUCUAUGAGAAGGUAAAAUCUCUUAGAAUCUUAGAACAAUCCAAAGUGAAGUUGAUCUUUAUCACCAGAGGGUUACAGUACAUUCCAUUAUGGGCAAUCUCUCCAAUUUUUAUGGUUUUGACUUUUACUAUUUUCUACGCUACCGGAAACACAAUGACUCUUGCCUAUGCAUUCGCAGCCAGGCAUAUUUUCUACUCUCUCGAGCAGCCUAUGAGGAGGAUCCCCGCUUUCAUUGGAAGCUACAUGGAGUUCUUGGUCUCAAUGAAGAGAAUCCAAAAGUUUCUACAAUGCCCUGAAAUAAAUCCCAAUAUUAUUAAGAUACAAGAUGAAGGCCUGGAACAGAGCGGAAUAGAUAUUUUGAUGAACAAUUGUAACUUUACUUGGGGAGUCUCAAAAGAAAAUCUUCAAGUUGAGGAUAAAAAUAUUAAAGAUGAGAAUAAAGAUUUGAUCGAAAUGAUUGAAGUCAAGAACAAGCAAAAGUAUAAGCCUUUAGAGGAAGGGAAGUAUGAUGAAGAAAGCAAGAAAGAAUACUCAAAGCAAGAUAUAUAUCAGCCUUAUAUUUCUGGAUUGACAUUAGGGAACUCAAUAGAACUUAAGAAUAUCAACCUUCAAAUCAGCAAAGGAGAGUUUGUCUGCAUCAUUGGCCAGGUCGGAUCUGGCAAAUCUUCCUUGCUUAGCGCCAUUCUCGGUGACAUGCUCUACCUCAGCGAUGAAACUAUUCAGGCUUACCAACAUAGAGUCUUAGAUGAUGGACUCAGACGAGAACUUCACGAAGCCCAGCAGCGAGAAGCCUCUGUGAUCAGACUCGGAGGCUCUGUAAGCUAUGUGCAGCAAGUUCCUUGGAUCCAGAACAAAACUAUCCGAGACAACAUUCUGUUUGGAAAGAGAAUGGAUGAGCAACGAUACAACCAAGUCAUCGAGAUGUGUGAGCUUGGGCCUGACCUUGGACUGUUUCCAGGAGGAGACCUCACUGAGAUAGGUGAGAAAGGCAUCAAUCUAAGUGGAGGCCAGAAAGCCAGAGUAAGUCUGGCUAGAGCCAUCUACGCUGACAACGACAUCAUGCUGAUGGACGACCCUGUGAGUGCUCUAGACGCCAAUGUCAAGUGCAAACUCAAGGCUGUGUUUACGGCCGAACUCAGCCACAAAACCCGGGUGCUGGUGACUCACGCUGUAGACUUCAUUGACUGUGUAGACAGGAUCAUUGUGAUGGAGACAGGGAGGAUAAAGUACAAUGGAACAUAUGAAGAGUUGCAGCAUCACGAAGAGAUCAAGCACAUUAUAGAGGUUUUAGCUCAUCAGGCACAUGAUGAAGACUCAUCUUGUGAGAAUCCUUCUGAAGAUUCUCCAGAAAUCGAAAUUCAACAGCAAAAACCAUAUUUAGAAAAGAAUAUAGCAAGAAUUACAGAAGAAGAAAACAACGAAGUUAUCAAUGUAGGUUGGGAGACUUACAGAAAUCUAUUCUGAAACAAUCAAUUAUGGAUAUUUUACCUCAUGACCUUCCCUUUCUUUACCUUGUAUGCCUAUGUUCAUGCAAGAUCAAGCAUUGUAUUUGGUUACUGGGUAGUAGAGAAUCUGAAUGAUACAUAUUUUGGAACAAACUACAUCCUAACUUGGCUUUUCCCUAUAGCAGGCCAACUACUCAUAUCUGGAAUAUUUACUUUUCUAAAGCUAGUGUUUCUGAGAUCAGGAAGGAUCUUAUAUCAACAGAUGUUUCGCAAAACCUUGAAUGCUUCUAUUAAUCUAUAUUUUGAUCGUACUCCCUCAGGAGUAAUUCUGAACAGAUAUUCAAAAGACAUUAACUAUGUCGAUCACGAAAUCUCAGAAAAACUAAUUUGGAUGACAGAAUCUUAUGUAGCCUUUGGGUACAACGUCUCUGUGGCAAUCACAGCAAUGCCAUGGACAGCAGCUGUGCUUCCCUUUGUAGGCCUUUUGUGAUUCAUUAUCAUAAAACUGUAUAUAAAGACCUAUAGAGAAUUGAAUAGACUAUCAAGUGUGGCAUAUUCUCCAAUUCUCUCUGUUGUUUCAGAAUCUUUACAAGGAAAUACCACUAUUAGGAACUUCCAGAAGCAGAAACUCUUUCAAGAUCAAGUCUUUGAAAUUGUGAACCAAAAGGUCAACUGCAAUUUUUGGAAAGAUGCAACUCAAAAAUGGUUCAACAUCAGAGUAGAACUAUCAGGAAGACUCAUAAUUAUUUCAUGAAUGAUAUUAAUGCUAUAUUUUAAGAGCCAAAUAAACCCUGUACUUGUCGGAGCAUUUUUAGUUCACAUGAUAAAUAUGAAUAUGGAGUUAAUUUGGGGAUCCCAGUGAAUCACAGAAUUGGAAGGCAAACUUGUUUCAUAUCAAAGAUGUGUCAAACUUCUGAAUAUUCCCCAAGAAGUAACUCAGGAAAAGCAAGAAAACAUUAGCUCAGAGUGGCCGAAAAGUGGAAGGAUUGGAUUCAACAACUUUAGUCUCAAGUAUCGUCCUACCACUCCCACCGUCCUUAAAAAUCUUUCUUUGUCUAUCAACAAUGGUGAGAAAAUCGGAGUUGUUGGACGCACUGGUGCAGGCAAAUCUACUCUGUGUCUUGCACUCUGAAGAAUCGUCGAAGCCUAUCAAGGAUCCAUCAUCAUUGACGAACAAGAUAUCUCCACUGUUGAUCUGGAACAGCUUAGAAACAAAAUCACAAUUAUUCCACAAGACCCCACACUGUUCAACGGUUCGCUCCGAUUCAACCUCAACCCAGAAGGUAUCCAUCCAGACUCGACCCUGCUCGACCUGGCUUCUCAGGCUUCACUUCAGAAAUUGGUCGACCGAGACGACAAAGGCCUUGACCAGAACAUCGAAGAAGGUGGGGCCAACCUCAGUUCUGGUGAGAAGCAGCUUUUGUGCAUUUGAAGAGCCAUUCUUCGCAAAAACAGAGUGGUGCUGAUGGACGAAGCCACAGCCAACAUCGACAUCAAGACUGAGCAGACCAUCCAGGAGCUGAUUAACACUCAGUUCAGAGACUCGACCGUGAUCACGAUUGCACACCGACUCAACACGAUCAUGAGCAGCGACAGGAUCUUGGUGCUGAGUCACGGAGAACUGGUGGAGUACGACAGUCCUGGCAACUUGCUUAAGGACCCAGAGUCAAUGUUCAAGUCUUAUGUCGACUCGUUCAAGAACAAAUAA